GAACUAACCUGCCAAAAAACCUAUUCGUGAACGUGAAAAAUUCUUUCUCCGUGCUCAUUUUGCAUUAACAAGAUUUUACCUACAAAAAAUACGUGUUGCAGACAAUUUACUGCAAGAAAUAAGUAGUAUUUGUCGGAACUAAGUGAACGCGCUUGAAAUUCCACAAGUGAAGCGUGUUUAUCGAGCAGCGUACCGUUUAAUCCGUUCCUGAAGGAGUGUUACGGGAGAAGGAAGAUAGCGAGGAAGUGAAACCAGAGGUUGUGAAAAUGGUUUUGCGUGGUGUGCGGGGUGGUUAUCACUCGCGGGGUGGUGGCUCUCGGGGAGCUGGACGUAGCUCGUACCACGGCGGAAGUGGAUACCAUGGUUCGAAUCAUCAUAACAGCAGCAGCUAUGACAACCGGAACGAUAACCGAAACAGUCGGUACAGUAGCAGUGGUGGUGGUGGUGGUGGCGGUGGCGGUGGCGGAGGUGGCGGAUACGAUUCCCGGAACUCGUCCCGGUAUGAGUCAGAUUCAAGGUAUUCUCGGCACGAAAGUCGCAACGAUAACUACAAGCGUUCGAACUCUUCCAAGUACGAGGAUAAUCGCGACCGUCGUUCACCGGAUCGGAAGCGUCCUCGGAGCGAUCACAACACUCAGGGUGGAAGCUCGAGGCGCGAUUAUGGCAGCAGCGGUAGCGGUACUGUUGGUGGCCGUGGUGGCGGAUCGUCUAGCCGGUACCACGAGGGAGGCAGUUCCAGCUCGUCGUACGACAAGCGUGGUAGCAAUGAGCACCAUUCGUCGUCGUCCGGCACCGCCGACAGUUCGAGCCGCAGCAAGUUCGAUCAUCAUCGCAGCAGCAGCAGUGCCAGCCGUAGCCAUGGUGGUGGAGGCGGUGGUAGCGGUGGCGGAGCCGGUGGUGAUUCCGGCAGUUCUUACAGGUCACGGGACAACAGCUCCACCAGCAUGGGUCCGCCACGUUCGGUGGCGAUGCGGAGCAACCAUAGCAGCAGCAGUGGCGGCCGUUCGAUGAUGCGUCCACCGAUGGGAGGUGGCCAUCGGUCACACAUUGGCGGUAGCUCACUCAUGGGCAGUGGCGGAAUGCAUCGCCGGGGUGGUGGUAUGAUGCGAGGGCGAAUUUCGCACUACCGCUCCGAUGGCCGGCGGGGCAUGCUGACGUCACGCAUCAUGGGUGGGCACCACCGGCGUACGGAUAUGCGCCCGAUGACGAUGCACAACCGGCGCUACCCGUCGAUCAGGGGUCGGGGUGACAUGCGAAACCGGAUUAUGGGUGGCGGCGACGUGAUGUCCAAACGGACGUUAGACAUGAAGAUAUCGAAGAAAAUUCUCUACAAGCGUGCGCUUCAGGCGGCUAAAGACGGAUACGAUGAGUCACCGUCGGAGAAUGAUGAUGACGAUGAUGAAGACAAUGGUGGUAAUGUCGGCGCGGCGCCUUCGCGAUCGAAAAAGGCUAAGAAAUCUGACGCCAACGUUGCAGAGGAAGACGAUGAGGAAGAAGUGGACAUUAAGGAGGAAAAGAGUGAACUAUGGGAUGAUGAGGACGAUGCUGGGGAUACCAAGUCCAAAUCGUCCGCACGCAAUGAAGAGGAUCAAGAUGAAGAUGAGGCAAACAAAACCAGUACCACCGUUGGUGAAGAAGGCGAAGUAAAGGAAAAGGAUGGAGCAAAACAACAAACAUCGGUUAAGAAAACAAUUAAGAAGGAAGACACUAAGGAUAGCGCCGAGGGAGAUCGCAAAGCCUCGGACGAGGGAUCGGAAAAUAAGCGAUCGACCAAGAUCAACACCAAGUACCGAUCGUCGAACUUCAUCAAGCUCACAUGUGUGCACUGCAAGAUUAAGUGUGUAACUUUCAAGGAGUACCAAACGCAUCUUUACACGCGUUCUCACAAAAUGAAAAUGCGUACGUUGGCGGUAAAGUGUCGGGAGCGACUGCUGGAAAUGCGUGCCGCGCAACGUAAUGCUCAAAAGGAUGAGGAUGAAAAAUCCGAUGACGGAACGGGUGGUGAAGAGAGCAAGCGUCCUGGGUUCUGCAUGUUGUGCCGGCUGAAUUAUCGACAACAGCGCGCCAUUCAUCAGCAGUCCGAAGGGCACAAAAUGAUGAAGAAAUUCCUUAUGCCGUACUGCAACAUAUGUAACCUCGGCUUCAAAAGCCCGAUGGCGUUCGAAACGCAUCGUGCGUCGUUGGAUCAUUUGAAAAUUAAGGCACGCGUCGAGCGUUACGCUUCAUCUACGAAGGGAGAAGAGUCGGGCGAAGAGAAUCCACCCGAUACCGGCGAUAUCGAUCUGGACAGUUUGACCAUCGUCGAUGAAGUUGGCAAGGUGGAUGAAAUCUGUGACCCGGGUGCUGGCACAGAAACGACGCCGGCAAGAAAGCGUGGCUUCGGUGAGGGUGGUGGAGGUCGCGCUGGAACGGAGGAUGAUGAUGAUGAGGACGACGAUGAGGAGGAUGAGGACGAUGAAAACCAAAUGAUCAUCGGUGAGGAGCACGUGAAGAAGGUACAGGUGCAAUACUGUGAGCUGUGCAAUAUGUAUUUGCCACGGCGUGCAGAAAACCAGGAUCGGGUACUGCGUGAACACUGCAAGAAGAGAUCUCAUUUGAAGCUGUACAUUCGCUUCCGGAAGGAUAAGAAGCUGCGCGAACAGGCGGAACGGAUCCACAAGAAGAAGCUGAAGGGUGACAAGGAGGCAGCGACAGGAACGAAAGGCGAUGAAAAGAAAUCUAACGAUUCGACUGGUACCAGUGAAUCGAAGCCGUCUACUGACAGCCUCAGUACGGCCAGUAACAAUCCGAGCGAGUCGAUAAAAUCCGAAAGCGAUAACAAGCCGGAGAAGAAGCACGACAAUGCCACAGGAAGCGAUUCUACAGCAACUAACACAACUAAAUCGAACGUCUCAAACAGCAGCAACACGAAUACAACAUUGAACGAUGCGGCAAGUGUUGAUUCAUGCGAGGCAAAUAUAUCGCUUGAUGGAAGCAAUAACCUAACCGUAAUCAGUAGUGCCGAUGGUCCCGGUACGCUGACCGAUGAACAGGUCGACAAGCUGAUGUGGCAGGUAGUGGACAAUGAUGAUUUGGGCGAUCUGUUGCGUGACGUGCAGGAUGACGUCGAGGAGGAAGAUGACGACAAAACGAACCUGGAGCGUUACGACAAGUUCCGGCACACGGAAAAGAAUGGGCUGGAGCAGCGAUCUGAUGCGGCCGGUGACGGUGGCGAGGACGAGGAGGACAGUGUUUCCAGCAAACCACAGAGCGGUCCGGGUAAGAAAGGGACGGCUGCAAACGGUGGUGCAGAUGUGGCCGCUAACGGUGAGGCCGGCAAAGAAUCGAAAUCGGUCGUAGGUUAGAUGAAUGGUACAUACCUUCAGGCAUAAGACGAGCAACUAUCUGCAAAACGAGGCCAAAUCGGUAGCAGAUUUACUAGGCAGACUUAUUACGAUAAGAAAGUGCACAGGGUGCGUGUUACGUUAGUGCAGCAGUAUGAGUGUACCUUAGAGGGGAAAUUUUACACACGGCUAGAAUGUUGCGAUUGAGCGCAUUAAUUGUUCAACUGCAGAUUUGAUUCAAGUGUCACCACCAUUGCUCUAUCGUUUCCGCAGCUCACUAAUGAUCGUCGGUGCAGUUGGGUAUGAUCCAUUACUCGACGAAAUCUUCCGUAAACUUCAGAAUCGUAUUAUUUGAAUGGCGGACCUACAGCUGUUGUUACGCCUAUCAUACCACAGAUACCACAAAGAGCGUCACCGGUACUAAACGUUAUUUUACGCCUGUAGCACGGAGUUAAACAUUCGCGUUCGUUUGUUUGAAUUAGUUUACUAAUUUAGUGUAACAUUAAUGGAAGGAAUGAAACUUCCAUCGUUUGCGAUUUUAUUUAAAUACUGACACGUGACGAAAAUAUUCUUUGUGGUAAAAACUAAUCGCAAAAUCGUACAUAAAUAACAAAACUAGAGAAA